AUGUUACAUGACUGGCUUCUGGGAAGCAAGCGAAGCAAGAAAACCAACUACCAUAUCUGCAAGUCGUUGAACUAUUUGAACGAGAACAUUGCGUCCAAGGAAAUGGCAAUCGCCGACUCAACAGUAGCCACAAUCGUGACUAUGAGCAUGGUGGCGGAGAUGUUCGGAGAUCAUGCGGCAUCAGCUGCGCAUGUUGCUGGUCUCCGGCAAAUAGUCAAGCUAAGAGGCGGGAUUGAGAGCUUUAGGCAUAACUUACAGCUCUUUGCAAAGAUAUGCCGAAAGCUUACUCAGAUCAGCGUUGAUAUCGGUUGGUCUCUCAUCACGGGAGAAAGACCGGAGUACUUCAGCGAUAACCUUUCCUACGAGCCGGCAUUCGCCUCUACUCUAGGUCCUUCACCCGGGGGAGUUACACCCUCACAAGGGCCCUCUCCUAUACGAAACUUUGUUGAGUCUCUUGAUCUCCGACUGGGCUACAUAUUCCAAGAUCUACAAGACUUUUCUGCCAUGGUGAAAAUCUUGUUCCGAAAACAGAAGAUAGACCCUAUCAAGUUUCAACAACUCAUGACUUCCAUCCAGUAUCGGCUGCUCUACCUAGAGCUGGACAACAAUACCGUGGCGGAAGCUUUGCGUCUGGCCAUGCUCGGCUUCAUUGCGACACUCUAUCUCCACAUUCUAGGUGCCAGAUUGCGGUUCGUCUGGUUAUCAAACAGGCUUCGGGAGACGCUACAGGCAGUCGACCUGUCGCGAGCGGAAACACCUUCAUCGAGACUCCUACUAGCCUGGAUACUAGUCAUCGGGUCUACGGCCGUGUUCGAUGACAACGACGAUGUAUGGCUGUUACCAAAGCUGGCUUCACUGCGCAAUCCACUCGGAACAACCUGGCCAAAAGCAAAGGAGAAUCUCGCAAAAGUCCUGUGGAUUGAUAACAUCCACGAUGCGAAGGGUGUGAAUGUCUUCGAAAAGUUGGUGCUGCACGUGGCUCAAAUCCCUUCUGCCAAUGAGGGAGCCGAGUCGGAAGACGUCGACGUUCUUUUCGAACUUUCCGAUCAAUCCUAUCAAGUCCUCCAUCGCAUGACUGCCGAAAAAGAACGCGUGUCAACAUGA